GUGUUUUCUUGAGAGGAGAGAGGGAAUGGAGUGCUUGUGAGAUUCGUAGGUGGAAGGCCCAGAAAGAGCCAAAGGAUCUAGUCGUUUUUCUAAAGUUCUCAGUAACAACCAGCUGUGAUGUCUUAAGAGGGAAAGGCCUUUUAGAGAUGGACAGGACAUGAUUCUCCUCGGCCGGCCACAGUUGGGAGAAGGUGGCUGGUAAGUACAUGAUGCAGUUGAGUUGAUUUACAUUACAAGUUGCAAAUUAGGGUCUGUGCAAUGAGUUUCCCUCCGGUUGUGAAAGGGGUCUAAGCGUUUUGCUGGGGCCUGGCAGGCCCCUCCCCUGGGCUGCAAAGAUCCGCCCCUCUAUUCCCCAGAUAAAUUCCUAGUGUCCACCAAAUUCCUCAGCGCUCGCUCACACUCCUCUACGGCCACGACUCUGGGAGUGGGGAAACAGAGAGCCGGUUCCUCUGCUGCAGAAGUCCUCUAGGUUCCUUCUCACAACUCUGCGAAGGGGAAAGGGUUGUGAAACCCAACCAGACCCCAACUCCAGCUCCCAACAGGAGGUGGCUGCGCCACACUCGGGAGGCCCCUUGCUUUCAGUGUCUCUCUCUCUCUCUCUCUCUGCCUCUCUCUCUCUCUCUCUCUCUGUCUCUCUCUCUCCCUCUCUCCCUCGUCCACUCCCCCAAACAUGUCCACCGGCUCCCUCAGCGAUGUGGAGGACCUUCAAGAGGUGGAGAUGUUGGAAUGUGACGGGCUGAAAAUGGACUCGAACAAGGAAUUUGUGACUUCCAACGAGAGCACCGAGGAGAGCUCCAACUGUGAGAAUGGGUCUCCCCAGAAGGGCCGCGGCGGCCUGGGCAAGAGGAGGAAGGCGCCCACCAAGAAGAGCCCCCUGAGCGGUGUCAGCCAGGAGGGGAAGCAGGUCCAGCGCAACGCCGCCAACGCGCGCGAGCGGGCCCGCAUGCGAGUGCUGAGCAAGGCCUUCUCCAGACUCAAGACCACCCUGCCCUGGGUGCCCCCGGACACCAAGCUCUCCAAGCUGGACACGCUCAGGCUGGCGUCCAGCUACAUCGCCCACUUGAGGCAGAUCCUGGCUAACGACAAAUACGAGAACGGGUACAUUCACCCGGUCAACCUGAGGUGGUGAUUAAUUUAGAAGUUGUAGUCAAAGCCGGUGUUUGAGAUGGAAGAAACGAAAGUCGGGGCUAGGGAAAUAGAUGGCGAUGAAAGACGAUGAAAGCGACAGGGCCCUGAAACCCGACCACCGCCUCAGAAGAGAGGCCAGGAGGGAGCUUCGCCCCCAACUCGGUGCCCAGCAGGCACAAGGUCAUUCUGGGCUUCCCCGCUCAGGCUGCCAGAGCGUCUGCUUCCAGGCAGUGCCACAGCACCACCCACUCUCGGCUUGCCCAGGGCUUCCUGCAUUGGGUCUCACAAGGAAGCCAGUAUGAGCCCUUUUGGCUCUCGUUCUAAAAGACCACCAUCAGCACCACCACCACCUCGAGCUGUGACUUGGCGCCAAGGCAGCUUUUUGCUUUAUGCAGCCGCGGGGUGCGCUGGGACCGGGAGAACAUUGCAGAGAUAAUCGGUCUCUCCAGCGCACUGCCUGCCCCCACCGCCCCCACUCCUUUCAUCUCUGGCCAGGAGCCCACCCCACCCCCUCCGCCACGGCUACUUACCU